GACUCAUCAAGCUGUUGUAUUGUACAAAGUACAUCGCUGUGUACCUACUUGAAGCGCUAUGCCUAUUUUGCAUUAGCUCCUUAGAUCUGACGAUUUCCAAUUCCGAGAAUUUCAAUGGCAGCCAUGAAGUUACCCAGCCCAGUCGCAACCUCGGAAUUCGCAAUUAUCAUAUGAGGAGGCUGUUUUAUACGAAUCCCGAAAUAUGGAACCUUCAGUGCGUCUGGCAGCUUCGAAUGCUUGCCGGGCAUGCCUAAGGUCCUCAGCGGCGCAUGCAUCUCGUCCCUCCAUGACGAGAGCAUUCUCUAAAAGCACCUCCCCGCGCCCAUUGCGAAAGACUAGCUCUUCCAACCGACUUAUCCAUUCGAAGCGUCCUAUUCCGCCGGUUCAAACCAAGGGGAAUUUAUCAAGGUCUCUGUCAUUAUUUGGUGAACAGUCCAAGUUAGCCGAGGAUAAUUCGGUUGGACAAGGACCAGCUGCAGCAUACGAGAACCAAUCGAGACCACCUAUCCUGCGCCCCGACGACUUGUUCCACUCCUUCACCAAUUCACCCAUUCCAGAGAUACGGCGUCGUGCCGCAUUUAUAAGACAACAUGGACGUUGCCCACAUCCGGAUCAUAGUCCCACGGGUUCCGGGGCUCCAGCCCAUGUCGACUUUGAAUGUCCGGAUUGCGGGAUUCCGGUCUAUUGUAGCGACCACCACUGGGCCGAAGACUACGAAGCUCAUCUAAAGAUAUGCGAUACAUUGCGACAAAUCAACGAAGAUGAUCACGAUCUUCGAUCUGGAAGAUUCUUCCCAGAAUUUGAAUACGCGGGGCCGCAAAUGGAAGAAGCUGCUGUUAACAUGACCAAUUGGGAUACCUUCCUCUACACGAGAUUAUUUGAGGCUAUCAACGAUGACCGAAAUAUGCGGCAAGUCACUAGGCUGCUUACAUAUCCGGUGACAAUUGGCAGUAUCCUCCACGAGCUUAGCCCCUAUAACAUUAGGAAGGGUGGCAGACUCACACCCGAAGGCUUAAAGAGUUUAAGCGCUCUUAGAUAUACCUUACACCCUCCUAUGACUGGUGGUGGAGAGGAUAUCAAAGGUUUACGGCCUGAAGCACCUCCGGUGAGAAUAUUCAUACUAGGUGCCCGAGCAGAGUCAUCUUUACCUCGGAAUGUCUGGGUGCAGCUAGCUCACCUUUUCCCCCGAGGAAAAUUCCAUCUCAUCUUCAUUGGACCUGAGAGUAUGGCGAAUCGAGAUGACGAGUUCCCAUUGCCGCCUCGAACUCCUUCCAACCCUUUUGGUGCUAUAGUGGAAGACCGAGUAUGGCCGACGAUGAAGAUUAGCACUAUUGUGGACUACUAUCAUACUCUCCACAAAACUGGACAAUUCUACCCAUAUGAUCCCUAUUUUGACUGUUUUGUCAUGUUCCAUCCAGGCUUGGGACAUCCGGCCAGCUCCCACGAGUGGGCGGAAACGGUGUCGUUACUCCUCGAGACGAAGGCACCGAUCAUCGUGACCGGCUAUACACAGUAUGACAUGGACAGGGACAUAGAGUGGGUUAGAAAGACUUGCAAGGGCGAGUUUGAUUUGCUGAUGGAACCUGGGGAAAAUACAUUCAGGAGUUUGCGGUGGGAUCUCAACGAUCUCGACCCGCAGGACAUUAGCUGCGGCAACUGGGGAGUAUGGGCUUUCCGAGGCAAGAGAUACGAAGCAACAACAAAAAAUGCCGAGUAAGAAACGACUUUGCAUAUGUACCCCUAUAUAUAACCGCGUUAACCGAGUGUAUAAAAUCGCACCACUCCAUGCUGAUGAGAUGCACCUCCAUGAAAUCACCUAGCCUAUGUCCGAUUUAUGUGAUCGUGAUCGUGGUUGUGGAAAUGA